AUGGAGCUUAAAGGUCCCUCAAUCCGCACGGCCGUCCGAAACUCCUGCAAAGCCAACGCUGCCCGCCUCAUUGAGCUGUUGAAGUCCCAGCCCGAUCCUUAUGUUGACGUCGAUACCCUUCCGCCCGGUCUUGUCUUCAUCCAAAGUUUCAACCCGGAAGACGCUCACGAUGUUAUCUCGCCUACCUGGUACUUUCCUCCUAUCCCCGCGGCGUCUCUUGCCAAAUGGCCGAUCAACCCCUCCUACUAUUAUAAUCGCGAGACCCUUGACCUGAUGCUGGUUGAUUAUGACCCAGACGAGCCUAUUCCCGUCGGCCACAAUUACCCUUCUUGUGCCGCUGAUCGUGCUCGUGAACUCAUGCAAGACAUGACAGGACUUUUUGCAACGACCAGGCGAAAGAUCAAGAUGAGCCUGAUUGAGAGAACAAAUUGGGAAAAGGUGCUGCCUUCUGGAAAUUCCUUCUUGUCUCGAUUGUCCCUGCUAGUCAAUGAUUGUGGUCCUGUCUCAUGGUCUUCAGCUUGUUAUGAGAACGUCUCCAACGCCAACAAUACAUCCCCACACAUCAUCCUGACCACAAGCCAGGAGUUCGACUCGUCCCCCGAGAACCAUCUUUUUGUCGGGGAGUUAGCUCCCAUCAUAUCAGCAAUAUCUAACAGGUUAGAGCAACCCGAGUUUCAGGAUAUGACAUAUUUUCCUUACAACCAGGCUUUGCAGCUCUCCUUCUCAGGUCCUCAAAGCGGCCGCAUUCUGCAGUGGUGCAAUACGAGCAAGGGGACAUUCGAAAUCAAACAGUCCGCGCUAUAUAGCUUCGAGAAAGCCGGGGCUGCGCCAUGA